UUAAACCGAAGUGAACGUUUGUAGUUUCGAUGAACAGAGUUUUACAAGCCUUCAGUGUUCAGUGUGUUUGACAAGUAUGGGUCUUAUUCGACUGGUUUUGUGAUAUAUGGUGAUGAAACUAGAUUUGCCUGAGCCGUGAGUCGAAAAACAUGCUAUUGUGUCCCAGAUUUCGAUGGCAAUCCAGAUAAUUCUCAGUGUGUCAAAUUACAUACUCUGGGUGGAUAGGGUUCCGUGUUUCGUCAUGAGACAAGCGCAUCAAGCAUGAAAACCAGUGAUCUAGAGCUAAACCAGCAGUGGAGGAAGUAAGGUACCUGGGUGUGGACUAGUGUGCUGACAAUAAUGGACCAACCGUAUCAAGGUUAGAAUUAGUGGGACUGAAGGUAGUGCCUGAUGGAAGUAUGAAUAGGUUAUCAACUGAUAUGGAAGUACGUUGAAACCUGCCCAAAGGAUCACUGAGAAGACAAUGUUUGGUCAUAGCUUUCUAUAGAUAGACGUAGAAUGAGUGAAGAUUUGCGAUCCUCGCGGAGUGUUAGCCCAGAUGAAGCUUUCCCACACUGGGCAGCACCUAUUGCUGCAUCUGUAAGAAACUUCAAAGGGGGGACACUUAUCGUCAACAGCGCACCUUUCCGGGACGCCUUGGUGGAGGCAGAGCGAAUUUGGGUGGAGGAGAAUAUAGACUACAAGACAGAGGAAGAAAGGGCACCGGGGGAGAGAGACAACCUCACAAGAGAAGAGAGAAUUAUCGAAUUAGAAUCGGAGCUAGAAAAACUGAGGCUAGGGGAACGAGAAACAGGGAGAGGAUGGGGGGCAGGGAACCUCCAUGUUCCCCACCCCAUUGAAAUCAACACAGCCAGACCGGAAGAUGUAGCAGAGUUGCUGUCAGAGAUAUACAAAACAGAGUGGCAGCCUGCCUUUGAGUACUUCAUCUACAAGAAAAAAGUCCGAGAGAGGGAGGCGGCAGAAGAACUUCUGAAGCUUUUACAGGAAUGUUACGACUUUUGUGAGAAACUAUCGGAAGAACACCUCAGAGACCUGACUGAAACCUUAUUUGUUCCCACCUCAAACCAACAUCUCCUCAAAAAGAUUCAUGUACCAAACAAGGCAGACAUAACUAGUCAGCAUAUAACUUCUGACCUCAACAGACUGAGAACGUCUGCGAACACACACAUAUUCCCAGUGGUCGAGCAGCUCUUUUUCUUGACGGAAAAACACCAUCUGAAGGCAUACGUCAAGGCAGAUAUUCUGCACCCCUUUAUCAGACUUUGCGUGAAGUGUGCAUGGAUUUCUAGUGUUCAAGACAGACCAUUGUCGAUUACUUUCAAGCUAAAGCCAGGAUCGAACUUUUACCCGGAUGUGAUGAUUUCCCGGAACGCCCCAGCCCCGGAAGUAGAUUAUUUAGUAUGGCCAAUUGUGUUUAAGUACGACAACGGUCCUCUGCUCCUGAAAGGAAUCGUCCAUUGUUCUCAGUUAAAAUGAAAUAAAUAUAUUCAUGUAUGUACAAAUAUACUUGCAUAUUAAAACCUGCUUAAAUUAUUAUGGAUUAAGUUAAAAGUGAAAUAUAAGUAUUUUUUAUAUAUGAUCUAAAUGUCUUAUAUGGUAUUAAAAAUGUACACAUAAAUGAAAAAUAUGCAUGAUACCAAUGGUAUGUGCCAGGUCCAUAACAUACCAUUAGAUACCUGUCCGUCGUAGACAAAUACUUUGUAUGAUAUAUUAUGAAAACACAUUUGGUACAUAAAUAUUGGUUACGGCUUACGGUACUUUGACUCUUUCAUAAGAUAGAUAACUCUUACUACGUGCAAGAUAAACGAACACAGCACUGGUUCAUUAUGCAUUGCCGUAUAGAUUUUAGAAUUACCUAGUACUUGUUUCUUCAAAAUUAGAAAAAUUCUGUUAUAUGUUUUCUUGAGUGUAAAUUGCUCGAUAUAACAAAGAAUUAGUGAUAGAAGAAACAUAAAUUUCGUCAGUGGAAUAUAAUGUUUUUCUGUGUAGAGCAAAGGAAUACCAAUCUACACUUGCCCAAAUGAGAAGAUCCCAAACACCAAUACAAAAACGUAACCAUUUUUGUAAAAGACAACUCCCUGACACUCGGGUAAAAUUCAGUUUUUGUGAUAACGAUUUUCCAAAAGAUUUAAAGAAUUCAAUUGUAAUGUAACCAAGUUCCAGCAGAAUUUAGUGAUAUGUGCAUGACAGAAAUUGUCCACGACAACGUAUACAUGCGGGAUCGUAGCGUCGUUAUCCAACGUGAAGAAUAGUGCCAGUUUCUUGUUGAUGUUUAUUUUUAUAAUUCACAUGUAUUCAUUGUAUUUUCAAAAUAAUUUGAGGGAAUAUAAAAGUUGAAGAAUGAA